AUGGCGGAGAAAAUCAAGGUCUCGUACUCGGGGCGUAUAGCUACCAUCACCAUCGACAACGAGAAGAAGCUCGGCGCCCUGGACUUGGAGGGAUACUACGCCCUGGCCAAAGCCAUGCGGGAAGUGGCUGCGCGCCACGACAUCUAUAUCACCAUCCUGACCGGCAAAGGCCGGUACUUCUCUGCCGGCGCCGACGUCUCCGUAGGCCGGUCUCACCCGCCCGGCACAGACCUCUACAAAGAAUGGCUACGGAGCUUCGUGUCCAACAACCUGAACAUAACACAGGCCUUCUACAGCCACCCGAAGGUCCUCAUCGUCGCGCUCAACGGGCCCGCGGUCGGGCUCUCGGCGGCACUAACGGGGUUCGCAGACUUCGUCUACGCGGCGCCGCACACGUUCCUGCUGACGCCGUUCUCGUCCCUGGGUCUCGUGGCCGAGGGCGGCGCGUCGCAGGCCUUCGUGCAGCGCCUCGGCAUCAGCAAGGCCAACGAGGCGCUCAUCAUGAGCAAGCGGAUCAGCGUGGAAGAGCUCGUGGCGACGGGAUACGUGAACAAGGUCUUUGAGUGCGAGAAGGGCGACGACGAAGGGUUCAUGCGCCAGGUUCUGCACGAGGUGGAUGAUCGGCUGGGCGAGCAUUUGGUCGGGGAGUCGUUGACGGGCAUCAAGGCGCUGAUCAGGAAGCCCGAGCGCGAGAUCCUUGAUAGACAGACUGUCGCCGAGGUCUUUGCUGGGCUGAAUCGGUUCACCACGGGCGUGCCCCAGGGGGAGUUUCAGAAGCUCGCAUCGGGGCAGAAGAGGCAUAAGCUAUAA